AUGUUGGUAAAGGUCCAGCCCGGCGCCUCCAUCUGGCAUCUUAAACUGCCAUCCCAGCAAGGCGGAAUGCCAGGUUCAGGUCGCUUCCCGAAAAGAUCAGAACACCAACCUGAAGCAAUGGGGCUCCGGGGUUCAUUCGUCUAUGAGGGAGACUCGAAGGGAGCAGAAGAAGAAGAAAAGCAAAGGGGAUCUACGGAGUAUGUGUACUCCGGGCCCCAGGGUGAGUGCGACGCCAUCCCACCCGUCGGGGAACGACCUGGCAGUCCUGGUUACUGA